AUGGGGAGUGGGCUGAAGGAAUUCAUCGUAGCCAUGAACCUCGCGUUGCAUGGAUUUUUGUUGCAGGUUUUACUGUCGAUCUUCAACCUCCAGCAUGGCUCCUUGUUAUGCAGCGCGGGGGAACCUGGCUAUUUGGACUUCGACAACCUGCCGGAGACGAACUUUUCGUGUCAGGGGAAGGUGAUUGGUGGCUAUUACGCGGAUGUUGAGGCUGGAUGUCAGAUGUUCCACGUUUGCACGAUCGGUCAGAAAGACUUGGUUUCAGACGAGAUUAUGGACAUAAAGUUCCUCUGUCUGAACGGAACCGUCUUCGAUCAGGAAACCAGGGUCUGUGAAAGGGUGGACGAGGUUGAUUGCAGUAAAAGCGAGCGAUUCUACAACCUGAACCUGGAACUCUAUGGCAACAACGCGGUCACUCUAAGAGCAGUUUCGAAGUUGACGAUAUCCCCAGUACCAACGCCAGAGCCAUCGAGAUCCGUGCAGACGAAGACCAGCAGCCAGAGUUCCCAGCAGCCACGAAUCUCAGGGAACUUCCUCUCCACACCAUCGACCGACGAGACCACCGUCAGAUCCUUCUACCCAACGCCGAGAAGCUCGUCGAAAUCUCCGCAGAGCUCGCAGUCCACCAGUGAACAGGUCACCCAGCACAUACACGUGCUUCCUCCUGUGCAAAUCCCUCAGUUGAAGCCUCAUCAGAUCACGAUCAACCUACCGCCACCGGAUCUUCAAAGAAUAGUCCAGAAUCCUUCGUCUUUACUUCCUUCUCAAUCCAGAGUGAUCGUGACAGCUAAAGCGAGCGUGAGUGACGAGUCGGGUAGACCAUUGAACACCACUCAGCUGGUCACUCUGCCUCUUCCCACGAUUCCUGCCAGCUACGACGAUUAUAAAGAAGGCGACGAGUCCUUUGAUCCCUUCUACAGAGACGUGCCCAAGAUCAGAAACAACAGAGGAGCUAGACGAAGUAGCAGCGAAGCUAGAACAGGUCUGAGGCCGAAGAGGUCUGUAGGACAAACUAAGAGUUCGAUGGUGUCGUUCGUCUACGGAGGAGAUACGAAGAAGAAGCAGGAUGGACAGAUAAAAGGGGGUAAGAAGGAUAGAAACAGGGAUAAAGUUAACGUCGAGGAGGGGAACAAGGAAUUCAAGUCGAUCAAAGAGAGCCUGAUGAAGUUCAGGGAUAUUCUAUUUGGCGGUGAGUUCACCGAGGACACGAUUAGAAGUGUGUUUGAGGGAAGCAGACUGCAGCUGACUGAUCCUGAUGGUAAAGUGAGGGGUCUGAGGAAGGAUUCGUUGGAGGAUCUGGAAACGAAAGCUUCUAAGAAUUUUAAAACUAGGGAGUACGACGAUGAGACUGAAGAGGAAGCGUUGAAAAAGGAGAGCGAUGCUGAGGAGCAGUCGGAGGGGCUUGAGAUUCCUCUGCAGUUGGAUACUAAGGCUUCUGAUGCUGAAGAAUACAUUGAUAUCGAUGACGGGAAGGAAGCGGUGUCAGAUUCGAAGGAUGAUGCAGAGGAAUUUGGUGAAAUUGAGAGAGGAGAAGGGGAAGAAGAAGAAGAAGAAGAAGAAGCUAGAGAUCCAGAACGAGACAUUGAUGUGGUGAUUCUUGAUCCCAACGAGUACUUGAGAAUGAAAUCAGCAGGUCAGGAGAGUCUUUCAAAGACCACAGAGGCAACAAUAGUCAGUCAUCCUGAAGACAAACAGGACUUGAACGUUUCGAAAAAUCAGGAUGACACUAUUGAAGAAAGUAAACAGCCUAAGAAGACUGAAAGUGAUCAAGAGAAGCUUGUAGAGGAAGAGCGAAAGGAGAAGCCUAAGGAACAAAACCCAAGAAGAAAAAGUUCCAGGAUAAGAUCUUCCAGAGGGAAAAUAUCCUCCAGAAAGAAGGAAACGAAAAAUAAAGAACCUGUGAAACCUCUAGAAGAAAAAGUUCCUGAGCAAAAAGUAGAAACAACCACAGAACCAGUGGUGAUCUCUGAAGUUGAACAAAUUGAUAAGCACAUAUUUGACGAACCAGAGUCUCAGACCUCUAAAGAAGUAGAUACCAGAGCUGUUGGUAAUCAUAGUGGCUACGUGAAGAGUCAUCAGACUGGCAAGGAUCAGGAUUCAGGGAAGGAGAACCGAAAAGGAGAAGCUAAUGAGUACGAGAUCUUGAAGAAACAGGCUGAAACUUUGGAAAAAGAUGAAGAAAAGAUUGACAAGCUUCUAGAGGAUAAUGAAGAAACAACUAUUCCAACGUUAGAUGAAGAGCAAAUCGAAGAGGAGGAAAGGAUCGAAGUACCAGAGGAACCAGAGGUUACUGAAAAAGUAGAACACCCUGAAACGUCUAAAGAGAAUUCCUCCAUAGAACAUGAAAAUGUAGAAGAUGAGUCGACCACAGUCUUCAGCAACGAUGAUUCUCAAGAAGACAGCCACGAAGUGGUGAAAAGUUCGCGUAAAGAGAAGAGUAUGAAGUUCGAGGACUCUUCCAGGGAGGUAUCUUCUCACAGACAGGAUAAGAGCAGGAAGAUCGACGACGAAGAGGAAGAAGAACGAGAAUCCCAAGAGUAUUCGACGAUCAAGAGCGAGGAGUUCAAUUCCCAGGAACUGUACGAUUCCACGGAAUCAUUCUACGAGAAUACUGACGAACUUGAUACCGAGGAUGAUUACGGAAGUGCUGAAGACGCGACUGUUUCUUCUGAGCACAGCGCUUCAGAGGAAGUUCCAAGUUCCAGAGAAGAAUCCACAGAGGAGCACAAUGAGAACGAGUCAACCUUGAGUGAUCAGGAAGUGAGCACUGAAGGAGUCUUAAAGUUCACAGAUGAACUACCCAAAGACAAGAAAGAAGACGUGUCAGAGAACAAGAAACCCUCAGAGUCUGUAGAAAAUAUUGCUCACGACUACGUGGACGACAAUUACGAGCCUGACAACUAUAAAGAACAAGAAUCCUCAGACUCUAACAAUCUAAGCGACGAGAAAACGAACAAAGAAAUGCUCUCUGAUGGAAAAAUGGAGAACAUCGGUGUAGAAACCACCACAGAGCCUGAGAAGAGUCCAGACGAAGAAACUGAGAGUCCGUAUGAUUUUAGUACAGAUCAGAUGGACCUGCUCCAAACAACCACAUCAACAACCACGACUAGCACAACAACUGCUCGUCCAACACCUCUGAAGCUGUUCAAACCAAUUGCAGCAAGGAAGAAUUACAACUACAUCCCUCCAACAACGACUCCAAAUCCAGUGGUGAUUAAACCAAGGCUGAGUCUGUUGAAUCCUAAGCCAGCAAAACCACCUAAAUCGUACAACGAACUAGCACCCAAGCCAGUGAUCAGGAAAUUCACAUUGCUGGCACGUAAACAGACUACCACUAUGGCUACCACAAGGUACAGAGAGGAGGAUUCGACUGAAACAACAGAAAUGACGACCACAGAGUCGCCGUUGACUACAACUGAGACUAGCAGGAGUGAAGAAAAUGUAUUAGAAGGUAAAUUAGAGAAGGAUCAGAUCCUGGUGAAGGGCAAAGACGAUCAAGACUCCAGUCCAAGUGAACAGAAAUCCCCUACGAAUGUGAAAAAGGAAGAGGAUGAAGGUUUCACGCCUUAUCCCAUAACCAGACUAACCACCCUUGCAUCUACUAUUGAGAAGACACUGAAGGAAGUUGAGUCUACCAGCGUAGAGCCUGAGAAACAGGUCACUCCUAAGAAUUUCACUCUGUUGGAUAUAGAAAUUGUCAGUACAACUGCUUUAUCUACUUUCAACGAGACUGACAACGUGGAGGAACCAUCAUCGACCACCAUGAAGCCAGCUACAGAGGAAGAGACGUCGAUUGCACCGACCACGAAGAGGAUCGAGGAUGUGACAGAGUAUCCUUCGACUUCUCUAGCUUUUGAAACGACUAUCGUUGCGGAGACCACAAGCAAAGAGGCUGAAGAGAUAGUAUCGACCACGAUGAGAUCGCUGAGACGAAAAUCAGCGACCUUGAGGAGGCAGGAUGGCUUCAAUUGCCUGGAGAAGGAGAUGUAUCGUUUCUAUGGGGAUAACAGGGACUGUAGACUGUUCCAUUAUUGCUCUCCUGGCUUCACCUCGAGGCAGGUGCUCGACUUCCGGUUCGUGUGCGAAGAGGGCACUGCGUUCGACGAGGAGAGCCAGAGUUGUAGCCAUGACGGUCGAAGUGGAGGUUGUUUGAAGAGGCAGUGGUAA